UAAGGCGGGGAGAGCGGCGUGGCUGGCAGUUGCUGUGGUUUCGGUUUUCGGGUGGGUUGUGUUUUUAGGGAGUUGAGGCUCUCGGACGUAGCGUCCAGCGUCCAAGUUCCGCCGUCGGAGGCUGUCGGUCGGGAGGUCGAGGGAGCAGCGUCCUGCUUCGGGCCAGGGCGGGCCCCCUGCUUUGCCUUCGCCGCUUGGUGCCCAUCUGUAGGCCGGCCCGGCGCGGCCGAGGAGAAGGCCGCCGGCGAGAUGUUCAAAAACACGUUCCAGAGCGGCUUCCUCUCCAUCCUCUACAGCAUCGGCAGCAAGCCGCUGCAGAUCUGGGACAAAAAGGCUCUGUGUCUCCUUAUGACUAUGAGGAGUGACUGCCGUAUUCACAAUACCAAUGAAUCUGCAAACUCCAGCUUGGUGCGGAAUGGCCACAUCAAAAGAAUCACCGAUAACGACAUCCAGUCCCUAGUGCUAGAGAUUGAAGGAACCAACGUCAGCACCACGUACAUCACGUGUCCUGCAGACCCAAAGAAGACGUUGGGGAUUAAACUUCCCUUCCUCGUCAUGAUUAUCAAAAACCUGAAGAAAUAUUUUACCUUUGAAGUACAGGUGCUAGAUGACAAGAAUGUGCGUCGGCGGUUUCGGGCAAGUAACUACCAGAGCACCACGCGGGUGAAACCCUUCAUCUGUACUAUGCCCAUGCGGCUGGACGACGGCUGGAACCAGAUCCAGUUCAACCUGUCAGACUUCACUCGGCGGGCGUAUGGCACAAAUUACAUUGAGACCCUGAGAGUGCAGAUCCACGCAAACUGUCGCAUCCGACGGGUGUACUUCUCAGACAGACUCUACUCAGAAGACGAACUGCCAGCAGAGUUCAAACUGUAUCUCCCAGUUCAGAACAAGGCAAAGCAAUAACUGGAAUGCAACUCAAGGGAUAGACCCCGGACAUGACUCUUAGUUUAAAAAGGAAACUAUCUGGAGGACAAUGCAAAACAAAUAUUUAUGUUAGUUCUCUGUCUGUGCUUCUUUUAUCUAUUCCCUGACGUCCCUUGUCAUGGGCACCGGUGACCAGGUCGUAACGCUGUAGUUGCGUUGUGAGUACAGUGAGGGGUCGACCGUCCUUUGACAGGUGAACACGGGAGCCGCUCCUGCUGUCUGCCCUCGUGUGUGGGGAGAGGCAGUCGCCACGGACUUCAGAGUUCAAGAUGUCCCCAAAGGCGGUUUCAGACCAAUCUUCCUUCCUAUGGUCUGUUGUUUGUUUUAUAUAUUAUCUAAAUAUAUGUAUAUGCUGUGUAAUACUCAUAAUCUGCAAAUUAAUAAAAUGUUUUAUUCUGGGUUUGUAAA